AUGAAGCUAAGUGUUAAUUUCCCCCUCCUGCCCAACCACCAGCUGCCGGCGGCCAUCAUCCUCAUUUUGACGAGGAGGCUCAGAGCACGUACCACAGCUAUGGCCGGCCCCACCUGCUUUCUGUUCUGCUUGUCUGCCAUCCAGCUUCUUGCCCAAUGGAUGCCUUUUAGUGAGGGGUCUCCCAAGAUACCUCAGAAGCUGGGGUUGGUGGUGAAAGAUCUACGCGGCGACAAGACCCUCCAGCAGGUCAAAUCUGACAAAGGCAAGAAAAUCCAGGUUUUCUACAGCAUCACUGGCAUGGGGGCUGACAAACCUCCUUGUGCCCUGGCUGUGGUAGUGACCCCCUCAGUAACCCCCUUUGCUGUCGGAUGCCCACUGGCUGGCCUCUUCUGCACCUUUAUUGCUUUUCAGCUUUUCUUUCAUGCUGCGUCUUCGACUGGGAAUGCUGUGGAAGAGCCUACGGAGACUGUGAUCACAGUGGUAGACCCGAAUGACAACAAGCCUGAAUUCACCCGGGUGGUCUUUGAGGCGUCUGUGAUGGAAAGAGCCCACCCAGGAACCUCCGUGAUGCAAAUCACAGCAAGGGACGCAGAUGACCAUGAGAACACCUACAAUACGGCCACUGACCCCUCGGCCAAGCUCAGCCAAGACCCCUCGGUGCCUCACCCCAACAUGCUCACCAUCAACCAGGACACAGGAAUCAUCGCUGUGCUCACUUCUGGGUUGGACCAACAGAUCGCUUCCGUAUACACCCUGACAAUUCAAGCUGCUGACCUCCAAGGUGAAGGCUUAAGAUCUACAGGGACAGCUGUGAUCACAGUCACCCACAGCAAUGCUAACCCUCCCGGCUUCAGCCCAACUUUAGUGGAAGUAGACACUGAGCUGUUGGAAGCCCCACCGCUGACGCACACAUCCAGGUACACGGGCCAGGUGUUUGAAAACAAGGUGGAUGCAGGCAUACUGAGACUGAAGGUGAAGAGAGAAGAUGCCCCAGGCUCUCCAGCAGGGAAGGCAGUGUUUUCCAUCCUGAAUGACAGAGCAGGCCUCUACACUGUCACCACGGACCCGGAGACCAACAAUGGCCUUUUGAAAACAGCCAAGGUAGGUGUGAGUUCUAAGGAGGUGGCCGCCGUGAUCGAUUGGCUCUGUCCACCCUGA